AUGUCAAGACCAGAACACAUAGCGCCGCCUGAGAUAUAUUACGGCGAUGCCGAAGCACGGAAAUACACCGAGAACUCGCGUAUCCAAUCCAUCCAAUCUGCCAUGACACUUCGUGCUCUGGAGCUGCUUGCUCUUCCCCCGGAUGAGCCAGCGUUCCUACUCGAUAUCGGAUGCGGCAGCGGGUUGAGUGGGGAGAUACUCGACGAAGAGGGGUAUAACUGGGUCGGGGUGGAUAUUGCCCCUAGCAUGCUUGCAGAAGUAGCGCUCGAGAGAGAGGUAGAGGGCGACCUCUUUCUGCAAGAUAUUGGACAGGGCUUCGGUUUUCGCCCAGGCACGUUCGACGGCGCCAUCUCCAUCUCCGUCAUCCAAUGGCUCUGCAACGCCGACGUGUCCUUCCACUCCCCACCCAAGCGUCUGCAGCAGUUCUUUUCCACUCUAUAUGCGAGCCUCGUUCGUGGUGCACGUGCUGUACUCCAGUUCUACCCGCAGAGUGAUGACCAGGUGACGAUGAUCACCAGCAUUGCGAUGCGGUGUGGGUUCGAGGGCGGGCUGGUGGUGGAUUACCCGAACAGUACGAAAGCGAAGAAGUACUUCUUGUGCUUGUUUGCUGGCUCUCCGGUUGCUGCAGAGGGAAAGAAAGCGAAGGUUGAGUUGCCCAUGGGGCUACAAGGGGAGGGCGAGAAGGCGAUCGCUUAUGAGCGAAGGAGGGGGUUGGAGAAGAGGGGCAGAAGGAAAACGGACAAGAAGGGUGUUCAUGAUAAGGAGUGGAUCUUGCGGAAGAAAGAGCUGUAUCGCCAGCGGGGCAAGGCAGAAGUACCAAGAGACUCCAAGUACACUGGCCGCCGACGCAAGUUUGCUUUCUAG